AUAGCUGUUGAUACGGUCUAUAGUAGUGUUAAGAUGGCCGUUGCAGAGCAAAGACUAUUAAAAUUACUGGACCAAAUAGCCAAGGAGCAAAAAUACAAUGAUUACAAUGUGGACGUCAAACCCAUAUCAACUGGAGGGGCCAACUACACGACAGCUUUGUUCACCGUGACUAUAACAGAACCAGAUAAAGAAGACCUGCAUCUCUUCGCCAAAGUCGCUAUUUUAAGCGAGGGCAUGAGAAAAGAAAUGCCAUUCGAUUUGUACGAAGUAGAAUAUUUUGCUUACAACAAACUCGAAAAGAUAUACAACGAGAUGCAAGACAGAUACAAAAUUCCCGCUAAUGACCGUCUGGUUUUCGCAAAAUACUACGGCAGCAACACAAAUGUUACCGAAGAGACCAUUGUCCUUGAAGAUUUAACGGCUAAGGGCUACGAAUGUCACGACAGAUUCAAAUGUUUUGACUGGCCAUAUGCUUCCAAAGCUGUGGGAAUGUUAGCCAAAUUCCAUGGGCUGUCAAUAGCUUUUGGAGAAGAAAAUCCCACAGAAUUCCAAGGAUGGCUCAACAAAUAUCAGUUUAAAUUAAAUGAGAGUGAUUCGCAUGGGAUGUUCUUUAAAAAAAUUGCCACACUAGCGUUGAAAGUUGUAAAGGAAGAGAAUAAAGGGAGACUUGCGAAGUUUUUAGAAUUAUUGUCUGUAGGGAAGAUGGUAGAGUUUAAUGCCCCGAUUCGAAGACCAAUGUUGGUGCACGGGGAUUAUCGUCCCAGCAAUUUGAUGCAUCGUGAAAACAAGGACGGAUCUGUGGACGUGAUUCCUGUCGACCUUCAGACGUUACGCGCUGGCUGCGGAGUCUCGGACCUCAUGUACUUCAUCUUCUCCGGUUCAGAUGCGGCAUUCCGUGCCAAGUACUACAGGAAACUCAUUGACCACUACUACGAGAACAUCUGUGAGACUCUCAAAUAUGCUGGGCUUAGUCCAGACGAUGUGUACUCGAGAGAAGACUUCGAUUAUGAAGUUGAAAAGCUCCAACCAUCUGGUAUAUUUAUGGCUGUGUUCAUUCUCCCGAUGAUCACGGUGUCCAGUGAAAACGCGCCGAGCAUGGCGGAGGGCGAUGACAUUUCAUCAUUGGCUGUCGAGCACACUAACGACCUCUACGCGGAAAGACUCAACGGAGUCAUUGACGACGCCGUGCGCUGGGAAAUCAUAUAAUGACGGAAAUUGGAAUAAGAUUUGUAUCGAUAAAUUUUAUUUUGUACACUAGCUUUGCCCGCAACUACGUCCGCGUGGAAUAUUUCUUAAGCUAAAGCUCUAAAGCCCUCAAGGAUGAAGAAUUUUCCCCGUUAUAUGAAAAUAGUUGCAAAUAGAAUUUUUCAAUUCAAACCAGUAGUUAAAUCCUGAGAUUAGCGCAUUCAAACAAACAAACUCUUCAGCUUUAUAUAUUAUCUAGUAUAGAUGAAACUAUAGGAACAGAUAUUUUUAUCACAUUAACACGCAGUUGUAAGUGACAAAUAUAUAUGAUGAAAACGUACUUACCAGUUCAGUUCUUAUGUCAAAUUAUACGCGUGCUUAUAUUAAGAAAUGUAGUUGCUCUCUUUAUACUCAAGAAAACGAUGCUACCACCUUUUCAUUUAAUGCUUAUUGAUUAUUACAAACAAGUUCGUAUAUGUACAAACUACACAUAACUAUAUGACUACGAUGUUAUAUAACGUAUGAUUAUUGCUGUGAAUAAACGUGCUAAGUAUAGAAAACUUAA